CAUCUACAGUACUUCCUGGACUUAGAUGCUUGGUAUAGAUGAUACAACCACAAAAAACUUGCUAACUGCGCAGGUCUUGGCCGUGUUCACAAAUGUCUUACAUAGAACAACCCCUUGCUGUAGCCCUUCCCCUUGUGACCAGGGGCGGACUGACCAUUUGGAAACUCGGGCACCGCCCGAGGGCCCGGGGUCAGUAGAGGGCCCCAUGAGAUGCCCCUGGGGAUCCUUACCCAAACUCAAAAAAGCCUAUGAAAAAGGUACCAGGGGCAUCUUAUGGGGCCCCCUACUGACCCUGGGCCCUCGGGCAGUG